UGUUGGGGCGCUGUUUCCGGUGCUGUGCGAGAGCUGCAGUACGCGCGGUUCACCCCGACGACAUGUUGUCCCAUUCCCGCUGUCUCUCCCGGAGCCUCGGGCGCUCGAUCACCGCCCUGCGGCAGGGAAACGGUGUUCUUGCAAGGCGGGCUACUUCAGGUAUAUCAUCGGCUAGUCAGUGCGUCUCCUUCAAGAACAGCCCGAGGAGUGAGACCCGGUCAAGCGUCUAUCAGAUCAGAUACUUCAACACCACAGCCGCUCACAGGAAUGAAGUUAUCACGGUAAAAACCCCAGCGUUUGCGGAGUCCGUCACAGAGGGAGACGUCAGGUGGGAGAAAGCUGUCGGAGACUCGGUCUCUGAGGAUGAAGUCGUCUGUGAGAUCGAGACUGAUAAGACGUCGGUGCAGGUUCCCUCUCCAGCUGCCGGAGUCAUCGAGGAGCUGCUGGUUCCUGACGGAGGGAAAGUGGAAGGAGGAACGCCUCUCUUCAGACUCAAGAAAGGAGCUGCAGCUGCUAAGACGACGGCGGCGGCGGCUCCUCCUCCUCCGGCAGAGACUCCUGCUCCGCCUCCUCCUGCUCCGGCUCCGGGUCCUGCGGGCCCCAUCCCCUCCAGCAUGCCCCCCGUGCCCCCUGUGCCGGCCCAGCCCAUCCAGGCCACGCCAGUUUCAGCCAUUAAACCCACUGCUGCUGCUGCUCCUCCUGCUGAUACUGGGGUCAAAGCCACGCGAUCAGAGCACAGGGUGAAGAUGAACCGCAUGCGACUGCGAAUCGCUCAGCGGCUGAAGGAAGCGCAGAACACCUGUGCAAUGUUGACAACCUUCAAUGAAGUGGAUAUGAGCAACAUUACAGAGAUGAGGAAACUAUAUAAAGAUGCUUUCCUGAAGAAACACAACAUCAAACUGGGCUUCAUGUCUGCGUUUGUGAAAGCUGCUGCUUACGCUUUGACAGACCAGCCUGCUGUUAAUGCUGUCAUUGAUGACACAACCAAAGAGAUUGUGUAUCGGGAUUACGUGGACAUCAGUGUGGCCGUCGCGACACCAAAGGGUCUGGUGGUCCCAGUGAUCAGAGGAGCGGAGGGAAUGAACUUCGCAGACAUUGAGAAAACCAUCAACGAGCUGGGAGAGAAGGCUCGUAAGAAUGAGCUGGCUGUGGAGGACAUGGACGGCGGGACGUUCACCAUCAGCAACGGAGGAGUGUUCGGCUCCAUGUUCGGGACGCCCAUCAUCAACCCGCCGCAGUCGGCCAUCCUGGGCAUGCAUGGCAUCUUCGACCGGCCCGUGGCCAUCGCUGGGAAGGUGGAGAUCAGGCCGAUGAUGUACGUGGCUCUGACGUACGACCACCGCUUGAUUGACGGCAGAGAGGCGGUGACCUUCCUCAGAAAGAUCAAGUCUGUGGUGGAGGACCCUCGGGUGCUGCUGCUGGACAUGUGACCGCACACGCACACACACACCGAUACACCACACACACACACGAUACGCCACACACACUGAUACGCCCCACACACACACACUCUGAUAGGCCACGCAGACGAGGGGACUGGAGUGGGAUCCGCAGUGAUCAUCUUCAUCUCGACGUGUUCUACAUGUAAAUGUGUUUCAGAAUAUGACGGAGUUUGUAAUCUCGCAGAACCGCUUGUUCUGUGUACAGCUCAGCACACACACAUGACCUGUGUAAUUAUGUUUCUAAACGAUAGUAAUAUACAUAUGUUAUAUUUAAUCUCUUCUGUGUAAUGAACACUAUGUUCCAGAAGUGUGUCGCGGGUGUUUUGUCUUUCACACCGCGACGUGUCCCGCACAACUCCAGCUCUUCAGAUUCUGCCCUGUAAAGAACCAAAUCUGAGCUUUUAAACAAUAAACGGAACGAAACGCUCCA